UCUUCCAUUGCCAUCAAAGUUCACCGCCGAAAGAUCAAAUACAAAUGUCAAUGGCAGUUUUUAGCAGCUUAGCUGAUGGAGUAUCCGUAGAAGAAAAUAGGAAGAAAUGCAAACCUGCUGGAAGGAGGCGUAUUUUUGUGCAGACCGACACUGGCUGUGUAUUGGCAAUGGAUUUGGAUCGUGAUGACAAUGCUCAUACUGUGAAGAGGAGGUUGCAGAUUUGUCUUAAUGUUCCAGUUGAGGGAAGCUCAUUAAUAUUUGGUGAUAAGGUACUCAAGAACGACUUGAGUGCCAUUCAAAACCAUUCUCCUCUUCUUCUUUCACGGAUGCACAGAAGUUCGUCAUCUCCUUGUCUCUCGCCCACUGGAAAAGAUUUUCAACAGGGAGAUCAGAGUGGUCCAAUUGAGAUCUUAUGUCAGUGUAAAAGUCUUGCCAAAAUAAAACAGCUUGUUGAGGAGAUUAUUGAAGGAGUGAAGAUUGGAGUUGAUCCACUUCCUGUUAGUGGUGGGCUUGGGGGUGCCUACUAUUUCAGAAACAACAACGGUGUAAAUGUAGCCAUAGUAAAGCCAACAGAUGAAGAGCCUUUUGCACCUAAUAACCCAAAAGGCCUUGUUGGAAAAGCGCUUGGACAGCCAGGAUUAAAGCAUUCUGUAAGGGUUGGAGAAACAGGAUUUAGAGAAGUGGCUGCUUACAUUCUUGAUUAUGACCACUUUGCCAAUGUACCACCCACUGCAUUGGUCAAGAUCAGUCACUCAAUUUUCAAUACUAAUAGUGUUGAUGCAAAAAUAUUGAAAAGCAAAAAGAUUGUGAGCAAGAUUGCAUCCUGUCAGCAAUUUAUUCCCCAUGACUUUGAUGCCAGUGAUCAUGGGACAUCCAAUUUCCCUGUUGCUUCUGUUCAUCGUAUCGGGAUACUAGAUAUAAGGAUUUUAAAUACAGACAGACAUGGAGGAAACAUUCUGGUGAGGGAACUGAAAGCUUUUGGAAGAUUUGGUGAAGUGGAAAUAUUUCCAAUCGAUCAUGGCCUCUGUCUGCCAGAGAAUUUAGAGGAUCCAUACUUUGAAUGGAUCCACUGGCCCCAGGCUUCAAUUCCCUUCUCAAAAGAAGAACUGGAGUAUAUAGAGAAGCUGGAUCCAUAUAAGGAUUCUGAGAUGCUCCGCAGACAACUUCCCAUGAUUCGGGAGGCUUGUCUUCGGGUUCUCAUUCUCUGUACAACCUUUCUUAAGAAAGCUUCUACCUUUGGACUCUGUCUCUCUGAGAUUGGGGAGAUGAUGACCAGGGAAUUCCACACUGGUGUCGAGGAGCCUAGUGAGCUCGAGUUCGUGUGCUUAAAGGCCAAAAGACUGAUUUCUGAGAUGGAAGCCUUAUCCCCCAAGGAUGAUGCAGAAGAGAAUGAUGUGUUUCAAUUUGAUAUGGAUUGUAAAGAACUAAGCCAAGACUCUUCAACAAAUUCAUGCAUGAUUCAACCUCCCCUUCAAUCUGGAUUCGGAGAUAGCAUCGAGGAGGAGGAAGAAGAGGAAAUUAAAGGGAAAAGGCAAGGCGAGAGAAUGGCUGCAAAGAUGCCUAAUGUUUCCAAGCUAUCCAUGUCACUGGAGAACACCGCGUUAUAUGAGAAGCCAAAGUACCUGAAAUCUUCUGGACACAAGACUGCAGGUGAGCAACUUGCUUCCAGUGUUACCUUUGUGGAAUUCUCAGACAUGAACGAUGAAAAAUGGGCGCUUUUUCUAGACAAGUUCCAAGAGCUUUUGUACCCGACAUUCUCUCAGCGGAAAUCUGUGACCCUUGCACAGAAGCAGAAUCAAAGACUUGGCACUUCAUGCCAGUUUUAAGAUCAAGGUAAACCUGUAUGUUAUAUCAGACAGUUUUUACAAGACAAAAAGACUUGUGAUCUUACAGGAUCUCAGAUUUAUGGUUCCGUU